ACAUUCUCAAACAAUUCUAUUCCCCCUCUCUAGAGUUGCACGCCUUGUCUAACAAUUGGUAUUAGAGCAGGUAUCUCUAACGCUCUUUGUGACAUUUGAGAAAACGAUCAAAAUUUUUUUUUGAGAAUGUUGAACGCAGGGAUAGGAGAAGGGCAAUUUUUGAUGGAACAAAUUACUCCUAUUGGAAGGAGCGAAUGAGGAUUUUUGUUCAAUCAAACGACUUCAAAAUUUGGCUUGCUAUCAAGAAUGGAGAUAGCUUGCCGAUGAAGAAGAUAGGCGAUACACUCAUCCCGAAGGACGAGGAUGGAUAUGAUGAAGCCGACUUUAAGAAGGCUCAAUUAAAUGCCACCGCCAUCAACUUCUUGUAUUGUGCUGUUAAUUCCAACGAUUAUCAAAAGAUAUUUCGUUGCCAAACCGCCAACCAAAUGUGGAACAAGCUCAUGAUCACAUACGAAGGUACGCCUCAAGUUCGUGAAUCAAAAAUUGAUUUACUAACCCAUGAAUAUGAGCUAGUUGCUAUGAAAGAGAACGAACUUGUGGAGGACAUGUUUGGAAGAUUUUCAAACAUCGUCAACGACCUUGAUAUGCUUGGAAAGACGCUCACCGACAAGGAGUUAGUGAGGAAAAUCCUGCGAAGUCUUAGCAAGGAAUGGGAGUCAAAGGUUAACUCCAUCUACGAAGGCCGAGAUUACAACGUUAUUACAUACGACGGUCUCCGAGGUAACCUUAUCACUUACGAAACAAAUCAUCUUUCUCAUACUCUUGACGUUAAGAAGAGAACGGGAAUUGCUUUUAAAGCAUCUUCUUCUCAAAAAGUAGAGAUCGAUGAUUCAGAUUCGGAUAGUGAUAGUGAUUCUAGCACUUUUUGUGAUAUUUUGGUUGAAUGUUUUAACGAGUUUAUGAAACAUGAGCUUAAUAAGAGCAAGAGGAAAAACACCCCAAGGUGUCAUACGUGCGGAAAGCUUGGCCACCGAAAAUUUGAGUGUACGAAGCUCAAGAAAAUGAGCAAACAAGAUGAAUUUGUGUAUUUUUCGUGGAGUUAUGACCAACCUUCCAAAGACGAUUCCCUCAUCGGUGUUGAAGAACAAGAUGGGUGGUCGGGCACGUGACGCACUUGAAAGGCGUGCUUGAAGACUACAAAUUUUGUAGUGGAUGCUCCAAGCACUUAGCCAAAGAGAUUGCAUCAAAGGGGAGUGAUUACAUUUUUUUUAAAAUUAAAUGUUAUUUUUGAGAUUUAUUUAUGAUAAUUGUUAUUUGGGGAAUAUACAUAGGAUGUUUUU